AUGUCCCGGGCUGAUUCAGGACGGCUGAUUCACCUGUCAAAACAGAGAGAACGGGCGAAGGAAGACAUUGAACAGCAGAAGAAAAAAAUAGAAGAAGAAGCCAUAAAAGGCGCUGCUGGUAUUUCAUCGAAAUUCACGGCAAACUAUGAUGCUAUCGAAGAUGCAUUGAAGAAUAAGACUGUUGGAUUGGUAACAUUGGAUGAAAUGAAGGAACAGCAAAAAGAUGCCAUUGCAACAAGAGAAAUCUCAAUAGUCCGUGGUACGCUCCUCAAGAAAAAGGAAGCAACUUCCUCUUCACCCGAUAAAAGAUUUACGCAGAAAAGAGUUCUUUCUUUCGCCGAUGAUGAUGAAGAGGAGGAAGAGGAAGAAGAACCUGUAAUAAAACCUAAAAAGAGGUUAGGGAUGAACCCUAACAUCGACACUAGUUUCCUUCCUGAUAGAGACCGAGAAUUAGAAUUAGCAAAGAAGAAGGAUGAGUUAGCUGCUGAAUGGAGAGCCCAACAAGAAAAGGAGAAAAACGAAGAAAUAAAUGUUGCUUAUGCUUAUUGGGACGGAUCUAGUCAUAGAAAAACUAUGAGAAUGAAAAAAGGAAAUACGAUUUCUCAAUUUUUAGGUAAAGCGAUUGAUGCACUUAAAAAGGAAUUCACUGAGUUGAAGACCUGUAUCCCAGAAAGCUUGAUGUUUGUUAAGGAAGAUUUGAUCAUUCCACACUUCUACACUUUUCAAGAUUUCAUUGUCACCAAAGCAAUGGGUAAGACAGGUCCUUUGUAUGAGUUUGAUGCUGUUGGAGAAGUCAGAGUUCGACAAGACGCUGCUCUCGAUUACGGAGAAUCACAUCCAGCAAAAGUAGUGAUGCGAAGUUGGUAUGAAAAGAACAAGCAUAUCUAUCCUGCAUCCCGGUGGGAACCAUUCGUUCCCAACAAGAAAUACGGUAAAACAAUUGAUGAUCUGACUACUAUCUGA